UGACGGAACAGCGUCACCCCCGGUCACAUGACUGUGAUGUCAGCGCAGGUCCUCUAGGCCCCUGGAAUUCAGCAUACACUGUCCGGCUAGGCGGAGCGGGAGCCCACCGAGUGCGGGGAGACAGCGGCUUCCGUUUUCAGAUUCUUGCAGCAUCUGACCAUCAUCUGCCUUUCACUAACAGUCCCUAGGGAGUCCCACACAGUCCUCCAACCUUUGGAGUGCUCCUUGUAAGUUUUUUUCAAGGAAAUGGCCGGAAGAGGAGCAGCAAGGCCGAAUGGUCAGUCACAGGGCAGUAAAAUCUGCCAGUUCAAGUUGGUGUUGCUGGGUGAAUCUGCAGUGGGCAAAUCCAGUCUGGUGUUGCGUUUUGUCAAGGGACAGUUUCAUGAAUUUCAGGAGAGCACAAUCGGAGCUGCAUUUCUCACACAGUCGGUUUGCCUGGAUGACACAACAGUAAAAUUUGAGAUCUGGGACACAGCGGGACAAGAGCGAUAUCACAGUCUGGCUCCUAUGUACUAUAGGGGCGCACAAGCUGCCAUUGUGGUCUAUGACAUCACCAACCAGGAGACGUUUGCCAGAGCAAAGACAUGGGUUAAAGAGCUGCAGAGACAAGCCAGCCCAAACAUUGUGAUUGCGCUCUCGGGCAACAAGGCAGACCUUACUAAUAAGCGCAUGGUUGAAUAUGAAGAAGCCCAGGCGUAUGCGGAUGACAACAGCCUGUUAUUUAUGGAAACCUCCGCCAAAACGGCCAUGAAUGUCAAUGACCUGUUUCUUGCAAUAGCUAAGAAACUGCCAAAAAAUGAGCCUCAGAACACAAGCGGGGCUGCCGGCCGGAGCCGAGGUGUGGAUCUACAUGAGCAGACACAGCAGAACAAGAGCCAGUGCUGCAGCAAUUAACGGAGGAGACAAGAGAGCAAUGGGGAACCAAGAUAAGAUUAUAACCUCUCUUCUUGCACCUGCCCUGCUACCCUCCAGAACUACAACUAAACAACUUUCCAGCACCUCACUCUUCUGCCAGGACUUUCCCUUUUGCACUUCCUUCCUUUCCCUUCACCAACGGAUAACAGCACACCCAUGGAAACAAAGCAGCCGGCUUGAACCUGUCCCUUCCACCUCCCACACCUCUGCAGCCCUCAGAGACCUCCCUGCUAUAACUGCACUAUUGUGGGUUUUAAUUUUUUAUUUUUUUUAACGCUUCCGACAAAUACACACAGACUACUCUUGGUGACACAGCAGUUGAAAGCAUCUGGAGAUCUCGCCUUCAGAACAGAGUAAAGAAGAAAAAACAAAAUAAGAAACUGAUACUACUUUGUAUAAUAGAUGCAUAUAGUGACUUUAAUAUUGAUUUUUGUUUUGAUUUUCAUGUAAGUUUCUUUGCUUCCAUCUACCACCUUCUCAAGUUUCUUUCUGUUUUGCAGCUUAUUACAUCAUUCAGUAGAACUUCCAGGAGCCUCAUACUUCCACUUGUAAACAAUUGAUUUCUUGCCCGCAUCUUCUGUCAAAUACGUAAUUUGUGUGCCUAAACGUUUGACAGCUGUAUGUGGUAAAUGAUCUGUUCAUGGUGAGCUUUUAUUUGCUUUAGCUUGAAAAGUUAAAUGAUUGUAGAUACACAGAGGCAGAGUUGGUGUGGAACAGGGAAUGUGAGACAAGCUUGUGAUUUAUUGUAAGCAAUGGAAUGGGUGAGUACAUCUUCCGACAGUGAUGUUUAUGUUCUGUAUCUUUUUAUCUCUGUCAGAUUUUAUAGGCAGCAGGUUGGACCUUUUUAUUGAAGUAAUAACAUUUAUUCAUUUUCUAUUGUGAAUGGAAAAACACACAUUUGUGUCUGGAAUAUAAAGCACAUACAAUGGUUUACAAGAACCUGAAGAGGGAAAUCGUUCUGUGUUUUGCAAUACUUAAUAUGCCUUUAGCAGUUUAGGAGUUCAGAUUGGAUUUUAGCAUUUCUAGAAGCACUACAUCUCGGCUCUCUAGAAGCUACAUCUCUGUAAAGCCUUCUGUGUACAAUAUGCGUUUGCUGCUUUGUGUAUGAAUGUACAAUGCCAUCAAAAUGGAUAUCGGGGACUCCGAGGGGUUGCUUAUUGUUUUCAAGUACCCCAGUCUGUCAUAUCUAAAAAAUGCUGGCAACCUCUUUGGGGUUCUAACAAUGGAAAACAAAUUCUCGGAGUCUUGGGAAAAUUGUCAAAUGGUGCAUAAAAAAGGUUGAGCACCAGAGUUGACACUGUUGGGUCAAUAUGGAGACACAACUGUAACUAGUUGCCUGCAAUACCUGGCAAAGGCACUGUUAAGGAGGGCUAAACUCACAUUUUGUAUUUAGCAGUCAUCUCUACAAGUAAUGUAAACACGGUAUAGAUGUUAAUGUUCUCAUUUUUUUUAACUGAUUCUAGUUACUGAUUUUCUUUGCUUAUUGUUUAAAAAAAAAAAAAUCUUGCAAACCUGUGUGUUAAGUAUUGCUUACAGCAAUAUCUGCUUUGGGCAGCAUGCACUUUAUUUCGAAAGUCAUUGAAAGAUAGUUGGGAUGUUCAUAUAUAUUCAGAUUGUCUGCUUCAUUUUACUUUAAAAAACGAUUUUCAAAGCCCGCUUUCCUAUCCGUAGCAAAUGAACAACCGCACACCAUUUACUAGUGUUUAUCAGCAUUCCUGUGGGUUAGGAUUGUCUUUCCUUAACCCAUCACAACACAUAUUUAUUGUAAGAACAUCUAAGUGAGAAACGCUGGGCCACACUCUACCGGGUCCAAGGCACGAGGUUCUCUUUAGUCUUACAUCAGGUGACAUGGCAGGUAUGUGCCUUUCUGUGUGUUGAAAGUGUCUUACUGAUGUCGGUGGCUUUAUGGAUUGCCAUGAAAUGUGCCUUCCUUCCAUAGCUAGGCUGGGAUGUUUGUGUGUGGGACAGUUUUAAAUACAUCUUGUAUAUUAUAAGCAGGACACGACAGAAAAAAAAAUAUCUGGUUAGCUAGUUUUAGCUAGUGUCCAAGAGCACUUAUUACCAAGAUCUAACGGUCACCCAAAUGGCAAAGCUAUGGGUGAAUUUUAGCAGUGAUUAAAAUUUUUAAUUUAUUAAAGUGAAAGAGCUUUGUGGUUCCUAGCUGCCAUUUUUAAAGUUGCAUUUCAUUUUUCCAUUGCAGUGCAGGUUGGAAAACGAGAGUGUGCAACACAGACAGUUAUUCAUUCAAACACUUUGAUAAACUCAUCAUGUAUUUUAGUAGUCUGAAAUCACUGAAAUGCAAAAUUAAAACCACUCUAUUAUAUAAGCCUGCUUAUAUCAUCUUUUUUUUUCUGAACAAAGAAAAUCGUUCUUACAUGUUUUAUGGUAUCUUGGAAGACUUGCUACUCCUAAAUAUUGCUGCAGUGUUAAAAAUGAUGAAUGUCUGGGUUCACACUACAUUAUGGAUGAGAAUAGGAUUGUUCAUUUUCCUUUUAACUUUUAUGUGGUAUACUUUGUAUUUGGCAACAUACUUUUGACACUAUUAUGUGUAAUCAUUUUUUAUUUCUAGUUAGUUAUCCAGGAACUUGGCUCAUGCUUUUGAUUAUUGACAUAUCUAAAUGAUCCAGGUUCUUUGGCUGAUUGUAUUUAGUUAGCGACUUAUCUAGGUUUAAUCAGCCAACAAACCUGUGCCUGUUAUUUGUGUCAAUAUUUAAUGGUUGAUAUCUGUGUACUAUAAAAUCUUGCUCUAAUAGCCAUUUUAUUAACAUGCACUUACCAUCUGCUGAGGGGGCCACAUUUGACAGUUAUGGGCUGGGUGAUUCCUAUCCUUUUUUCUGGUUAUUAAAUGGAACGUCCGUUGGCCAAAACAUGUUGACCAUCAUUCAACCUUGGGUUCAUUUGCAUCAGAAGGUGAGGUAGGUUUUUUAACACAACUGAUUGGUGUUCUCCCUGACACCAUCAAGUCAGGCUCGGUCUGCUCUCCAUCAAUGCCAUAUCAGACAACUGUCACAACAUGUCUAUGAAUACUCAAAAGAAAAUAAAGUUGCAAAUUAGAGCAUCAUUUGUGAUCGGGCUGUGUAGAGGUCAACAGCUAAAUGCUAACUGCUAACAAUGGCUUCUGAGGACUCACACCCAGAAUUUUCUUUUUAAUAUUGUAAAAUCUGUGCACAAUUACAUGUAGAGAAAAAGGAUGAAGCUCUCGUGGUACAUGGGCCACAUCUUUCUUGACCCAAGGUUGGGAGAACAUUGUCAUUGUUCUUAAGAGCAUGCAUUUUGUGUAGGGACUGGAACAUUAAGUUGGUCAUACACUGGUAGAAUCUCAUCCGAAAAUUAAAAUUUUUGGAACAUUUGUUUAAUUUUUAUUUUUUUAAUGGUUAGUGAGGUCAAAUCAAUGUUAAUUUAACUGUAACAACAAGAGAAUUUGACGUAGCUGGAUGGAAAUAUUUUUUUUUCUAACAAAAUUCUAACCAUGAAUGUGGUUUUCAUGAAGGAAAAAAUCGUACAUAUUUGAACGAAACCUGUUUAAUACAUCUGGGAUUAAAAAAAAUAAAAGCAGGUCUGGAUAUUUUAAGGAUUUUCAAAUUAAUUUAGUUUACCUGAUGUCAAGAAAGAAUGUUCUAACGAUUUUUCUACGAAAACCCAAACGAAAAUCCAACAGUGUAUGGCCAGCUUCUUUAUGUUCUUGGUGAUCUGUUUUCACUCUUGCAGCUUUAUCCAGCAAAUCAAUUUAUAAUAAUGAUCAGUCGGUGCCUGUUUAUUUUUCUGUUUCAUCACAGUGGCACUGGGUGAUUUCAGUUAGCAGGCACAAUGUAAGCACUCCAAUGUUUCUAUAUAGUGCACUGUUGAGAAGGGUAGUUCCAUAGAGAAACUGCUGUAAAGGAAUGUCAUAAAACAAAACAGUUUUCCUACGCCGUGUACUUCUGCUGCCAGAAGAUGUAAGUUGGCUGCUGAGCAUUUACUUUGUUUUAAAAAAAAAAAAAAAAACAUGAUUGUUGACUUUAAACAGAACUGUAUUUUUUACUUUGAUGUAAAAUUGUAUUGGUAGCCAUGGUUUUAAAGUGCCUGGCAUUGCAGCUGGGCCCAGCCUCAGCAUAGUCGUCUUUGGAGUAGCAUUUUACUGCUGUAGUCAUGGUGUUGGUGCUCAGGGACACCAGAAGAAAUAUGUUUGUACUGUUUGGGUAAUGAAGCACGCUGUAUUGCCACAUACAACUACCACUGUCCACAGGAAGGCCAUAGUGCAACCCACUGCCUUCACCCUUCUUCUCUGAUUACAUAUGAAUAGAACCUGGCAAGUUGGUGCAUUGCAACUCUGACAGUUUACCCUCUAUUUUAAAAUGCAUUUUCUUUUUGUCUUAUUUGCAUUAAAAUUCUAACUUUAGGUUAUAAUCAUAAUGGACUUUUACCCCAAUCUGCCAAUGUAUUUAAUGUAAGUAAAAACAGAAACUGUGUGUGUGUAUAAUAAAUGAACUUAGCUUCUUAA